CCUGUCUCUCUAUGUGUGUUUUCAGACGGGAGAAUGCGCCUCCUAUAGCAGAGUCACCUCGAGUCAUUGAGUAGGUGGGUAAGCAGUUCACUGCUGACAGUUGCGUUAAUCAUAAUGGCGCUUGGACAGGCAGAUGGGGCAACUUUUCAUGAUGGGCUUCGAUGGAACAUCGGUCAGCCCUCAGAUUCGCUCGCUCAUCGAGAACUACCACCUCGGUUCGGUUCUGCUCUCUGCAAAAAACCUCAAAUCUGCAGAAGAUGCAACACGGUUGGUCCUUGAGCUGCAGACAAUCGCUCGGGAUGCUGGCCAUCCGGUGCCUUUGCUAAUCGCCCUGGACCAGGAAAAUGGCGGAGUGAACAGCCUGUACGAUGAUAUCUACAUCCGGCAAUACCCCAGUGCGAUGGGUAUCGCUGCGACAGGGUCCAAGAGCCUAGCCCAUGAAGUUGCGAUGGCGACGGCACAAGAGCUUAAAGCCGUAGGAGUCAACUGGAUCUUGGGUCCUGUUCUCGACGUGCUUACCAAUGUGCGCAACCAACCCUUAGGCGUCCGCACCACAGGAGACGACCCGCAAGAAGUAUCACAAUACGGCGUCGAAUUCAUGAAAGGCUAUCAAAAGGCAGGCCUCGUGACAUGCGGCAAGCAUUUCCCCUCCUAUGGUAACUUGGAGUUUCUCGGGUCUCAGACGGAUGUACCAAUCAUUACUGAGUCCCUAGAGCAGCUUAGUCUGACCGCAUUGGUACCAUUUCGCAAUGCAAUCCUUCAUGGUUUGGACUCGAUGAUGGUAGGGGGCGUUUCAAUGUCAUCGGCCGGAGUCAAUGUGAUGCACGCCUGUCUUAGUGAGCAAGUGGUUGAUGAUCUGCUUCGGAAAGACCUGCAGUUCAAAGGUGUGGUCGUUUCUGAGUGCCUAGAGAUGGAGGCCCUGACCCACAAUAUCGGCGUCGGUGGAGGGACAGUGAUGGCCAAAAAUGCCGGGUGCGAUAUCAUCCUUCUUUGUCGCUCAUUCCAGGUUCAACAAGAGGCCAUCAGUGGCUUGAAGCUAGGUGUGGAGAAUGGUAUAAUCGGGCGCGGACGCAUCGAGCAGUCGCUUCGCAGAGUGUUAAGCUUGAAAGCCAAAUGCACAUCUUGGGAGCAAGCCCUCAGCCCGCCUGGUCUUACUUUACUCACCCAAAUGCAACCGUCCCACACGAGUCUCUCCACACGAGCAUACAACAGUUCGAUCUCAGUUGUCCGAGACAAGCAGAACUUACUACCCUUGACCAAUAUUCUCGAGCAAAACGAGGAGCUGCUCCUCUUGACACCAUUGGUAAAGCCGCUACCCGCUUCGGCUGUAUCGCGCUCCGUGAACGAGCAUUUGAACGUAUCUCUUGACCCGAUCGCGUGGGAUCGAACAGCAUCUGUUUUAAGUGGCGAAAGUGUCUUCAAAGAGCUUGGGAGGUCCCUUUCCCGACAUCGCAGUGGUCGUGUUUUGCAUACAUCCUAUACGGCCAACGGUGUACGUCCGAUUCACGAGGACCUCAUUGAUCGGGCUAGCGCGGUCAUCGUCGUCACCGCCGACGCCAACCGGAACUUGUAUCAACAUGGGUUUACAAGGCACGUGUCUAUGAUCUGUAGAUCUAAAUACGCUCCAUCAGGCGAACCUCGCGAGAAACCAUUAAUCGUGGUCGCAGCAAGCUCGCCCUAUGACUUUGCAAUGGACUUGUCCAUUGGAACGUAUCUUUGCACUUACGACUUCACUGAAGCGGCCUUGGAGGCCUUGGUCAAAGUACUUUACGGAGAGUUGACCGCCGUGGGGUCACUCCCGGGUUCUAUAAGUCGCAGUCAAAAGCUUCACCAGGCGAGGCAACACUGGCUGGUAGAGAGCUGGAAUGAGGAUAGGGAUGCGCAUGCCUUAGACUCCCUACUGAAUGCUGUCCGAGAGGAUUGUGUGCAAGGACAACGUCCGGAGUUGCUAGGUGUAACAUCUACCAGCUUUCUGCUCCGCAAAGAAGAGAUAGACGAGGCACACUUUGUGGUUCGCAACAGCAGUACCCAGGCUUUAUACGGAUUCUGCUCCACGUAUUACUUUCGAUCCACGGGCACUGGCGUCAUUGGGUCCUUGAUCGUCCAUCCCGCAAGACGGAAGCUAUCUAUAGGGAAUUCUCUCCACAAUCGUGCCAUCCGAACUCUUCUGCACAGGAAGGGCAUGAAACGGUUUCAGCUGGGCUCUCGCCUUCCGGGGAUUUAUCUGGGUAUCCCAUCAGCAAACCUGGUGGACCGCAAGAGGCUGCGCCAAUGGUUUGCGAACUUGGGCUGGAAUACGGCCCUUUCACGGCCUGUCUGUAGCGCGGUCCUGCGCAAUUUGUCUUCUUGGACGCCAACGGACAGCUUGGUUCACGGCAUUCAGCAUGCGGAUGUGGCCUAUGAUCUUGUUUAUGGCUGGGACUAUGCAGAUUCGAUUCUGGACCACAUUAAAACGAACUCCAGGCAAGGGGUCCUAGAUAUCUACAAAGUGGCUUUGAGAGGAUCCCCGCACUGUGGGAUCAUCCGGGCGACCCGCCCCGGUAAUGGUGCUAUUUUGGGCAGCGUAGUCGUCUACAAUGGACGAGCAGCUUUAGCGGAGCACAUGCCGGUUCUGAGAUCGCUUCAAAUUGCCGCCGGAGGUAUCUCGUCUCCCGUCAUAUCUCCAUCGGUCGGCGAGUACGCUACAGUCAUGCAGGGCCUGAUCUUACUAGGUAUCAAGCAAAUCCGCAAACAAGGUGCCGAAGCCGUGAUAAUGGACUGCGUUGAUGGUGACAGCAAUCUUGACUGCCUUUCCGGCAUGGGCUUCAGUGCCCUGCAUAGCUUUGAAGAAAUCAAUUGCGAUGCCGCGACAUGGACCAUGGCACCUUCCUCGUAGAUAGUGCUUUCUGAGCAGCUUCAGCUUUAAAUUCUGUGUGAUAGUUCCCGAGGUCUGUAUAUAGUCUUCUCACCUUUGCAUGAUGGUCCACCUGCUGUAAAUAUCAGUCAAUACAUCGGAC